AUGGAGAAUGCUGAAGACUUCGCAAAGAAAUUGGGUAAUCCCGAAUUCCGAUGCUCAAAUGGGUUUAUAGAAAGCUUCAAGUCUCGCCGUGGCAUUGUUUACAAAUCUAUUUGCGGGGAGAGUGCCGCAGUGAAUAAAGAUGCUGUAAGUGAUUGGAUUGUAUCAGCAUACGAACCAAAAAAUACUGACGAAACUGGAUUGUUUUUCAAGUGUGAACCUGACAAAUCUUUACAUUUAAAGGGUGUGAAAUGUCACGGAGGGAAAAAAAGUAAGGACAGGGUGAGCCUUCUCAUUGGCUCCAACAUGGAUGGGUCAGAAAAAUUGAAACUUCAAGGGAAUCAAAAGUUUUCCUGUGACAUACACACAUAA